UAGAGUGGGCGGGACCCGCGUCUGCUGCGGCGCUCUGGAGAGGCAGAGACUCAGGCAGGGGCUGAAGUGCCACUUUCUCAGCAUUUUCAGUGCGGGCAGCAUCUUCUCCCAGCCCCGGGUACAGUAACUGCUGCACGCAACCUAUCCUCCGGAUCGGGACAGGAGAUUCGGGUUUGCGCCAUCCAUGCGACUGAGAGCGCACCAUCCACCUGGAUAAGCAGCAUCAGCAUCAGCAUCAGUGCAGGGAGAACACGGACGCAAGCAUCGCCACAAGAAUAUGAUGCUCCAAAAGCACUUGCUUUUCGUGCUCUACAGCUUCUGUGGGAUUGUCAUUAAAGAGGCGGCAACGAAAACCAAAGUGAAAGGUAGCCAGACUCAGUUCCCCAUCACCCAGAAUGUGACGGUGGUCGAGGGCAGCACGGCUAACAUGACCUGUCGAGUGGAUUAUAAUGAUAACACCUCCCUCCAGUGGUCAAAUCCAGCACAACAGACCCUCUUCUUCGGGGACAAGAAAGCAUUAAGGGACAACCGGAUUGAACUGGUUCGAGCCUCGUGGAAGGAGCUGACCAUCAGCAUCAGUGACGUUGCUCUGUCAGAUGAAGGACAGUAUACAUGCUCGCUCUUCACCAUGCCUGUCAAGACUUCCAAGGCCUUCCUGACUGUGUUAGGUGUUCCAGCAAAACCAGAAAUCACAGGCCUCUCGAGACCUGCCCAGGAGGGGGAGGACGUCACACUGACAUGCACCACAUCUGGCAGCAAACCGGCUGCUGACAUCCGAUGGUUUAGAAAUGACAAGGAGGUGCAAGGUCAGAAGGAGGUAAACGCCACUGGGAGGUCAUUCACGGUCAGGAGUAGCGUACACCUCAAGGUGGACAAGAAGGACGACGGAGCCGCCUACACCUGCGUGGUGGAGCACAUAUCUCUGGGCUCUAUGCCGCACCAGGUCACAGAAGUGCUGGAGGUCCACUAUCCUCCUCAGGUUCAGAUUGUGCACUCAGUAAUAGUACCUCAGGAAGGACAGUACUUCAAACUGGAGUGUGUAUCCAAAGGCAACCCACUGCCUGAGCCAGUUUUCUGGACGAAAGAUGGAGGUGAGCUUCCUGAUGUUGAACGAAUGAUCGUGGAGGGUAGAGAUCUAAUCAUUACCACACUGAACAAAACAGACAACGGCACAUACCGCUGUGAGGCCAGCAACAUCCUCGGCACCAACAGGGAUGAAUUUACACUGUAUGUGUAUGCUAAAGAUUUCCCAGGUACAACUACAGAUCCCAACGCUCUGACGCAGCACGGUCCCGACCACGCUCUCAUCAGCGGAGUGGUGGCCGUGGUGGUCUUCAUCACCCUGUGCUUCGUCAUCGUCCUGGGCCGAUAUCUGGCCAGGCACAAAGGGACAUACUUAACCAAUGAGGCCAAAGGAGCGGAGGACGCCCCUGACGCAGACACUGCCAUCAUCAAUGCGGAGGGGAACCACGCACAUGCAGAGGAAAAGAAAGAAUAUUACCAGGGAGCGGCAAGAAAUGUGGUUCAUCUCAAGUCGGAAAACCUUGGCUUUGCCAAUAAUUACGCUUUAAGACAAGAAUAUGUGAGAUGUAUAAUGUAAAUAUCAUGUACUGUCUUUUUUGUGCGUGUGUGAGUGUAUGUUGUUUUCCAUUGUGAAAGUACGCCCUGUAAUAAAGAAUAUGCCCAAGAGACACGGACAAUUAUGUAACGUACGGAAACCCGAAACAAGCCGGCAAAUUGAAAAUGGCAGGAAGUCGAUGAAGCACAAAUGAGAAUUGGUGUGUAACCAUUAGAAGCGAGAUUAUUUUCUAUUUCCAUCAUACCUGUCUGUAUAUUCUUGCACUGUUAAUAUUUCCCCCCCUCUCCCCCCCGAGCGUUUAUUUCAAAACUGAAAAUGUACCAAACAUAAGCACAACGUCAUUGUAAAAUGUCAUUGGUUUAGACAGUCUCAGGAUGAAAAGAAGAGCCUAAUUGAAUUUGUCUUUUAUCACUCGAGUGAAUGAAUUUUUGUUCUUGCUUUGUGAGUUGAUCUAAACAGCCAUUUGUUCGACGUUUGAAUGGGUAUUUGCCAUUGUUUCAUUUUCCUUUGCUGACCGACCCUUGUUAAUAUUGCUGUAUAUUACUUUGCUCAAGUGAUUAUUGGUGGAAUAUUGUUAAACUGUAGGAUCCCAUAUAUAUAUAUAUAUGAGAAAACAAAUGUCAAAAUAUAUAUUUCAAGUGUCCCAUACAUUUAGUUCAUAUAAGUGAAGAAGAUAUUUGUUUGUUAGUUUGUUUUGUCCCAACCCAGGGAAUGUAUAUAAUGUGUAUACUUAAGCAUUUGGUACGCUAUUUAAUUGAAUUCGAAAUCUUUAUUGCUCUGUUUUAUUCCACAUGUGUGCAAUUUCAUUUUAGCCUCUCUACGCUAAGUCCCCACGGAUACUUGUCAUUAAUACCGAUUUAUUGGGUAAAUCUGAUGGACAAACACAAUACAUUAUUAUUAGUGCUUUUUAUAAGCUUGUGAACAGAUAGGGCCGUUUGUUCAUGAGAAGGUCAGAACAACAAUCACCAUUAUUGCCUUUGUGUUUGCAACAAAACAUAUACGACCACACAUUGAAGCUCUGGAGAAAGUGUAAACUUCAAUGUACGUUUUUACGAAACAUGUUUCCAGUGUUCAUACUUUAUUUCACUCUUUAUAACAUCAACUAGAACUGAGACAUUUUUCUAAGAACUUUUGAUUUGCCCUAUUGUUUUUUUUUGCUGUAUGGGAAAAUGUGUGAGGUUGCUUUUACAUUAAAUAUUCAACUUUUUCAAACUAUGCCUCUGUAAAAAAGAAAAAAAAACUCAGAGUACUGAGUAAAAUAUGCACAAACUCA